AUGGCACAGUUCCUCAACAACAUGUUUGGAGGUGCAAAGUCGGCGGCGUCGCCUGUUCCGUCUGGCGACUCUGACUUUGCCGACUUUGCGCAGGCCACUGCUGCUGCUGUGUCUGGAGCUGCUGCUGCGGCUGCCUCUGCGGCAGGCACGCCGGCUGUGACGGCUCCUCCGUACACAAAGUGGUACAAUGUGCACGAGCGGUACACGUUGAACGAUUUUCGCAACGAGGGCCUGAUCUUUGUUGUCAUGGCCGUCGUCUUCACCGUGCACCUGAUCGGGUCACGCCGCAAUCGCAGCAAGGCGCAUGCCUGGUUCCGGGCGCACGCCAAGCUGCUCACCAGCGAGUUUGCGCUGGUCGGCUUCGGCAGCGCGCCGCACCCGAUGACCGACCUCGCAGACGAAGCUGCAGCGGUCGAGGAGCUAGCCAAGAAGACGGAGGCGGCCGACCCCAAGACGCUGAUGAAGGAGAACUCGCUGUUCGAGUACGCCACGUACGCCACCGGCCGCCAGAACGUCGCCUUUGUCGAUGUCAAGCUCGAGCUGGUCAAGCGCUUCAACCCGUUUGUCACUUUUGCCGAGUCUAUCCUCUCCUUCUUCAUUGACAGCGUCACGGCGCCCACCGACGUUCUCUCGGCCACGCUCUACUCGUUUGACGGCAAGGAGGCACUCACCGUGCCGCGCUACUCUGCUGUGGGCGUUGGCAAAAGCACCUACGACGGCUUUGUCUGGGCCAUUGUCAACAAGGAGCGCAUGAAGGGCGUACGCGAUGAGCGCUUCGACGUGUCCCUGACCUUUACCAAGGACAAUGCGAAGCUGCCGGCCUGGCUGACUGUGAUGAGCGAGAGCGCCGAGAUCACGGACGCUCUGCUGACCCCCGAGCUCAUCCAGGCGGUCGAGGCUGCCGGUGAGGACCUGGACUACAUCAUCAUCUCUGACCAGCCGGUGAUCAAGCCCGUGACUAUCGACGAGACUGCCCCGCGCAAGCGCGUUUUCCUCAAGUACCGCCUGCCAGCGAACAACAACUACGAGACCCUGCUGCCGAUCUUUGCGUACUUCCUGCGCAGCGCCGACGUGCUUGUGCAGUCGGCCCACCUGCGGCCCGAGGUCUUGCGCAAGGUGAAGAACAUCCGCGAGGAGACCGUGCGGCAGAUCAAGAAGGCCGACGAGGAUGAGAAGGCGGAGGAGCGGGCGCUAGAGCGGGAGCGGCUGCGCAAGCAGAAGCGCGACAACGAGCUCAACGCGCUGGACGCCAAGGCACAAAAGAAGUACCUGGAGCGGGAGCGCGAGAAGGAGAUCCGUCGGUCAUCCAAGAGGACGACGAUGCGCGCAUAG